AUGUCCAAGUCAAUGGGAUUAAACGUGGCCAAUGGCCUGUCAUCGAUGCUAAAGGACGGUCACAAGCAUUUUGAAGGCGUGGAUGAGGCUGUUGCCAAGAACAUUAACGCUGUCAAACAGCUGGCAGCUAUCACACGCUCAUCAUUGGGUCCCAAUGGCAUGAACAAACUCGUUAUUAAUCAUCUUGAACGCAUUUUUGUAACAAGUGACACGGCUACAAUUGUAAAGGAGCUGGAUGUUGUUCAUCCAGCUGCGCGUAUGGUUGUCAUGGCUGCCAAGAUGCAGGAGAAUGACUUUGGCGAUGGUACGUGUCUCGUGGUGGCAUUAGCAGGUGAAUUGCUGAUGGAAGCUGCCAGUCUAUUGCGGAUGGGGCUGCACGCGAGCGAGAUUGUUACGGGCUACCAGAAGGCACACGACAAAUGUCAAGAGAUUUUGCAAAAGUUGCAGACGGUGCAGGUGAAGGACCCGCGCGAUCAAGUGGAACUGCAAAAGGCCAUCAAGACAUCGCUGGCUUCCAAGCAGUACGGAUAUGAAGAUUUAUUGGCCAAACUUGUAGCAGAGGCUUGUUUGAAUGUGAUGCCUGCAGCUCCAAAGAAAUUGUCGAUUAAUGUGGAUAAUAUUCGUGUGGCUAAGAUCAUGGGAGGUAAUCUACACGACUCGACGGUUAUCCGUGGUAUGGUUAUUCAGCGCGAUACUGAGGGUAAUGUGAAGAAGGCACUUAAUGCAAAGGUCGCGAUAUUCGGCUGCGGUCUUGAAAUCUCGUCCACGGAGGCAAAGAGCACGGUGCUUAUUAAAGAUGCUGAUGAGCUCAUGAACUACAACAAGGGGGAAGAGAAGCACUUGGAGGAAGCUGUCCGUGCUAUUAGUGAAUCAGGUGCUACGGUGGUCGUCUCGGGUGGAAGCAUCAGUGAGAUGGCGAUGCACUUUUUGGAAAAGUACAACCUUAUGGCAAUCAAGAUCCAGUCAAAGUGGGAACUGCGUCGCCUUUGCCGUGCUGUGAACGCAAAUGCUCUGGUGCGUCUGGGCGCUCCCACGCCGGAUGAGAUGGGUUUCUGUGACAGUGUGACGGUCAAGGAGAUUGGCGGCAAAAAGGUCACUGUUUUCCAGCAGGAUCAGGAAGAUGCCAAGAUUUCAACUAUUGUGCUGCGAGCAAGCACGGACAACGUGCUAAACGACAUCGAACGGGCUAUUGACGAUGGUGUGAACUGCGUAAAGUCUGUGUGCCGGGACGGCCGUUUCGUGUCUGGUGCCGGUUCCACUGAGAUCGAGCUGUCUCGUCAGAUCAAGAGCUUUGGUGAAGCUACGCCAGGUCUUGACCAGUACGCCAUUAAGAAGUUUGGUGAUGCUAUUGAGGUCGUGCCCCGGAUUCUGGCCGAGAACUCAGGCCAAAUGGCCACUGAGGUCAUUUCUAGCCUGUACGCUACUCACGCGGCGGGCAAUGUUAGUGCUGGUGUGGAUGUGGACAACAAGCAGGAGUCGCACGUAAUCCUGGACGCGUUGGACAAGAACAUCUGGGACCACCUUCAGACGAAGAUGUCUGCUAUCCGCCUUGGUGCCGAUGCUGCCAUUACGGUGUUGCGUGUGGACCAGAUCAUCAUGGCAAAGGCGGCUGGUGGACCCAAGCCACGAGGCAUGUAA